AUGGCAAGAGGCUUGGUUAAGCACAGGGUUGGAGCUGGGCAGAGCACAAGCUUAUGGAAUGACUACUGGCUCCUGAAUGGUCCCAUUGCAAUUCAACUUGGCUUCACUGAUGUGGAAAUUCUUCAACUGGAUCCCCAAAUCAUAAUUGAUAGCCUAAUUUCCAACCAUCAGUGGACCAUCCCUAGCUCACUACAUCAUAUCCCAUUCUUCCAAAGUCAAGACUUCAAUACACAGCUCAUUAGUUUGUCCCUUCCAACCACUGAUCCAGAUCAUGUGGAAUGGCUUCCAAGCUCAACAAAGGAUUACUCUCACAGACUCACUAUGGAUUACUUUGCAGCUCAUUCUUUGGUUUUUGCUUGGGUUCAGCUUAUAUGGUUCAAACACCACAUCCCAAAGCAUGGUUUUAUUGCUUGGCUUGCCCUCAAGGAGAGAUUAGUAACACUGGAUACUAAACCAAUGCAGAAGAAACAUUAUACUAAUGCAUGUUACCUUUGCCUAUCAGCUGAAGAAUCUGUGGACCACUUAUUUUUUAAAUGUCCAUACAACAACCUUAUUUGGAAUUUCAUUCAGCAUGUUACAGGCUUCUACAUCAAUCCUAAAAAUUGGAGAGAUCUGAUUUCAUGGUGCUCAGCAACAUGGACACAGAACCAUUUCAUUACACACAAGCUGCUUCUUUCAAGUGCCAUCUACUUCAUUUGGCAGGAGAGGAAUGCAAGAGCAUUCAGGAACAAAGCAGCCUCAGCUAUUCACAUCAUCCACCUAAUCAAGGGUUGCAUCAGAGCAAGGUUUUCAUCCCUUAAACUAAGGUCUGGUUCAGAAAUUAGGAAGAUUGGAUCUCCUGAAGCUCUCCACCAGUUAUUUCUUCAAGGUUGUUCGUAUGCAAAUGGUCAAUCUUGA